GACAUUUUGGCAGUCGGAUAUGGCAAAUGGAAUGAUGAACCAAAUGAUUUUAAAGGUGCUGUUUGUUGUUGGUCGCUAAAGAAUCCGGUUUAUCCGGAAAGAAUGUACGAAUUCAAUAAACCCAUUACUUGUCUUGAUUUCUCGAAAAUCCAUGCCAACAUACUCGUCGCUGGGAGUUACRGAGGAUGCAUCUACAUGUUGGACAUAGCCCAAGAAAUAUGUGAUCCGACGAUAGUCAACGAGAAACACUUACAAAACUUUCCUAUAUGGGGUGUCUUAUCAUUUCUACAAAAAAGUUAUACAUCGGAAGACGAAUUUAUACUAUCUGUGGAUGGCAACGGAUCAGUACGAAAAUGGUCAGUUGGUGUUUCCAAGACUUACAACACAGAACAAAUGUCGUUAAUAUGUUGUGGAAUCCGAAACGAUGCUUCGAAACCGAUCAAAUUCAACUAUUCAACCAUUGUUCAAAAUAUGCCCGGAACGGUCAUUUCGUUUCACCCAACUAAUAAGAAUACAUACUUUAUUGGAACUAAAGUUGGUUUCGUCGUACAUAACACGGUUGAUAGCUGCAAUCAUUACGAUAGAAUUUUCAUGGCUCAUAACGGUCCAGUUUACGGAAUCAAAUUUUCGCCGUUCUGCUCGAGUAUUUUUAUAACAUAUGGAGCUGACUGGCAAAUCAAAAUUUGGAUGGAAAACGUCGACGUACCAUUGCUAUGCCUGUGUUAUUGUAAUGCUGUAGACGACGCCGAUUGGUCACCUAUAAACUCUACGGUUAUUGUCAGCGUUAGCGGCGCAGUGAUAUGUAUUUGGGAUUUUGCAAGAAAAACGGUUGAGCCGGUCAUGAUGUUUACAUGCCAGAUUGGCGUACAUUUCUCUCUGGUGAAAUUUUCCAAACACGGUAAUAAUAUUAUCACUGGUGAUGUAAAUGGUUUGGUUAGAUGUUUUCACAUCAGCAACAUGCCUUCGCCGUCAUUUCUUCAAAAAAAUUCUAUUCUAACAGCUCUGGAGAAUAUGAUGUCAUCAAAUCAUGAACUUAUUCAAAUAAUUAAAAAAAUAAUGAUGAACCAAUAA